GCUGCACAUUGCUUUGAAUUUUUGAAUGUGUUCGUUCGUUUAUUCUUUUUACUCAUUGUUUUUCGAGUGUUGUUUAUUGUUUUAAUCAAAGUUAGUUGCUCCGCUUGUCAGUUUACAUAAGCAAUCUCACAGGUGGGACCGAAUCUAAUCGACUCUCCUCUGCUUGGCCAGUUUCCAUCCGCGGCGCUCAGUUGCUAAGUUUAGUUGGCCACUUUUCCGAUUCGGAGACUCAGGUGCAUUUUCCGUGACCAGAGCCCCAAAAAUAAAAUGGAGCAGUGGAACAAUGUGGAGCUGACGAACAUGUCCAAAAAGUCGUAUACCCUGAAUCAUGCCUACGAUGCCGCCGAGAAGUUGAACAAGGAAAACACGGCAAAGUCCUCGAAUGGCAAUGGCACCAGUGCCGAUGAAUCAACAGCUGCAGAUGGCGAUCUCCUCAAGCCAGGAUCGGACGUGCGCCCAAAAGUGGAGCCCGAGGACGUGGAGAGCCUGCUGCGUCGCCUCUACGGGAUCACGAUAAGCGAGGUUAAGGAAAUCGUCGCCUACGACGAUCGCAACUUCUUUGUCAAGGAGGAUAGUAAUGUUAAGAACCCCCUCAUUGUAACCCACUGUCCACACGGAUACGUCCUGAAAAUCCUCAACUCACUGGACUCUAAGAAAGAGGACUUCGUGGAUGCCCAAAACCAGAUGCUGCUUUACUUGGGAAAACACAGUGUGAAAUGCCCACGACCAGUAGCCAAUGCAACAGGAAAGUAUUACUCUGUGGAACGGCUGAAUGGGAAUUCGAAUGUGGUGCGACUGCUGGAAUUUAUACCGGGAGAAAUCUUCCACCAGGUGCCGGUGACGAAGCACCUGCUCUACCGCAGCGGCGAAUACUUGGCCAGGUUGGAUCGAGCCCUCAAGAACUUCACCCACCAGGCAUAUGAAAGCCACAAGACCUUGUGGAUGCUUCAGAGUGUUCCCGAGCUUAGGCAAUUCCUGUACGUGGUGAAGGAUCAGGAGCAGCGGCUUAUCUGCGACGAGGUGAUCGAUGCCUUUGAAGCCAAGGUUCUGAGCCAACUGCCAUCCAUGGAGCACCAGAUCAUCCAUGGGGACUUCAACGAACAAAAUAUAGUGGUGGAGCAGGUGCCCAAUCAAACUGAAUAUACCAUCAAGGGAGUUAUUGAUUUCGGUGAUACGAGCAAAUCGCCACUGAUCUUCGAAAUUGGAAUUGCCCUCACUUAUAUGAUACUGCAGGCCAACGAUUUGGCCAAUGGUGGCAUAUUUCUGUCCGGUUAUACCAGUCUGAACCCAAUUGAGAAUUCCGAGCUGGCCCUUCUCAAGUACUGUGUUACUGCCCGAUUUGUUCAGAGCCUGGUAAUGGGACUCUACACCCACACGCUGCAUCCCACAAAUGAGUACCUCCUGGUGACCCAGGAAAAGGGAUGGAAGCUCCUUCAGAAGCUGUGGCGCGAGAGCUUUGACGAUAUUGAUGAGCUGUGGGCAAGCACUGGACACCAGUACUUGACGCAGAGCAAUAAAUAAUAUAAAAUUCCGUUAGGCUUUUCCGUUUUUUAAAGGUAUUUUAACUGAUUUUCAAUCCAGCUAUUCUGGUUGUUGAAGAUUUUGUAUGUUAUGUUUUCCAUUAGGUAACGAGGGUCAGAUAAAAUUGUCACAGCCAAUAUAUAGAGUAUAAUGAAGCAUUUUCUAAGAUAUUAAAUACAUUUGCAAUUAGCCCCUAAACAAGUUUAUAUCGAGAUGAUCGCAAACAAAAAGACAUCUAAGGAAACCAGAAGCAAGCGAUGCCAGGUCAUUGGAAAAUCAAUUGAGGCCUGUUAAAUAAACCCAUUGUCAAUUAUUAGAAUUUCAUUUACAUAUCACCUGUGCAAAAUAAGUUGCAAGUCCAAGUAUUGAUUGCAUUUCGUUGCUUUACAAUUUACUUUAUCCUGUAUAUUAUUAUCGUUAUCUUUACAAUAAAACUUGUUAAACAAAUAC